AUGGCGAUCCUGAAGGACAGCUGCUGCAGUUGCUGUAACCUCCGCGGGUUGUCUAUUUUCGUCGGGAUCCUGUUUGCGAACCUCCACCUGACCGAUUUGUCGUUAAAGGCAAUGAGCAUAAGGCCUGGUUCGCAAGUUUACGGUUUGCCCGCUGCUGGCAUUGCCAUCGACGUGUUGGCCAUCCUCAUCCUCAUGUGCGCGCUGAUGAUCCAUGGCGUCCAAAAGGGUAAAAAGGUGAUGCUGCUGGUGUGGGUUGUGUUUGUCGUCAUCAUUUUGGUGGUAAAACUCAUCAUUGCCAUCGCCAUCACAGUCUUGGUAACCAUAGCCGCGGAAGUCGCGGCCAGAUCAUAUUAUUUCCGAUAUGUCAAUAUUUCAGCCAUUCCAAUCGAAGAAAUCGAAGCCAAAGUUCUCGCCCAAGUCUGGGCCAUCUAUAUCGUAACCCUCCUCCUGACGAUCUAUGGUGUCCUUGUGGUGUACUCUCACUACCGGAACCUGCGUUAUGGCGUCCUUGAUGAUGACGGUAUCCAUGAUGGUGCAGCACCGCCCCCUGGCGCCCUCCCGCCCGGUACUGCAGCUCCUCCACCGGGAGGCAUGUACCCACAAGCAGCGGCCCCUCCCCCGGGUUAUGAGAAGCAGUAUGUGGUUCCACCUAAAGUGUGA